UUUUGUGUCGUCACUUCCUUUGACAGCCUCGCUCAUACUUGGUUGCUAGCUAGCUGCUAAUGUUGACGUUAGUUAUUUUUCGUUCUUAGAUUAUAUGAUAUUCUGUGUAAAAUAAUUAACAAUUAUGUAAAGUCGAGCCAAUAUUUUGCUAGAAUUUAUCAUCUCCGAGUUAUUAUUUUUAUUUGUUGCGAUAAAAACCCUAAAUUGGUUAGCCGUUCAAAGCUAAUUAUUAAUUUAUCAUUAUGGCCAGUGCAGCAAAUGCUAAUUUAAACGCAGUACGGGAAACAAUGGAUGUUCUGCUGGAGAUCUCAAGGUUGCUGAACACUGGUUUGGACAUGGAGUCUCUGUCCAUCUGUGUGAGGCUGUGUGAGCAAGGCAUCAACCCUGAAGCCCUUUCUGCAGUUAUCAAAGAGCUACGUAAAGCUUCUGAGACUCUCAAGGUUUCUGAGAACUGUACUAAUUGAAGAUGGAAAGUCCAUCCAUCCAUUAUCUUUACCCGCUUCUUCCAUUUUGGAUCACGGGAGUCGCUGG